AUGGUGGUGCAAAAGCUUCAGGAAAACUGGCUGGGCCCAGCCCCAUCGACAGCUGUAGGGUGCAACACGGUUAUAGAAGUGCGUGGAGAAAAACCUCCACCUUUCCUCCUUGGGAUGAUGGUAAGGAUAUGGACAUUGGUAGUUGGUUACCUGCUGAUGGUUUCAUUCAAGUGGAAUACAAGCACUGAACGUUACUUAAAAGCGAUCUCUGUCCCUGUCUGGAUUAUGCUGCUCUUUCAUUUAGCUUCUGUGGCAGGUUCCUGGAGAAUUCCUGUGUUUCUGGUUAUAGUUGUUCUGAUGACUGUAGGCGUGUUGCAUGAACAGCAGAAUGGAAAGGAGUCUUCUGGGGCAGAGCUUCCUGGUCAGAUGAUUUCCAUUGCUGCUUCAACAAUUGCCAUGGCAAUUUCAAUGACAGAAGAGGAGUCCAAUAAUGAACGUUCCUCACAACCCUCAGGAGCAACAGAAGGUGAUCAGCCUCCACAUGCUUCAUCGUCUUUCUCCUCCUCUUCAUCCUCUUCUGGGAGCAGACAAAGACCUGAGAUUGCAUCUUUUCUUAGAAAAAAGAAAACUAGUGAUAUUUACUUUGUUACGCUUGUCUGGGCCUUUGUCAUUGUCCAGAUCUGGCUAAAUUUCUGGAUUGUGCAGCUGUUGCCAGUGCCUUUUGCAGUUUGGGCCCUUAAAAAACUCGUAGUUCAUUUUGGAGUUUUGAACUUCAUGGCAAACCAUUGCAAAAGUUGGUGGCAACUUGUUGAAAAUUUUGUAAAGGAACGUCAGGAAGCUCUUGCUCCACGACCCAUCAGAGGGCUCGGAAGAGUCAUGCUAAAGCUUGACAGUAAGCUGUGGCACUGGCUUAAUCAGAAGAUGAUCGUGUGGUUGGAGAAAAUGCUGGAUAAAAUAAUCAGCAUUUUCAUAAUAUUUUUGCUAGUGAUAGGAACCCUUCUGCUAGCCCUACUCCUUACUGCAAAGGUACAUCAAGAGAGCGUUCACAUGAUUCAAGUCACAAGCAGCUUGAUCAAUGAGACAGUAGCCAGUCACCCAGAAUGGGCAAACUGGCUCCCAGAAGCCCAGGUUAUUCAGAAGGCACUCAAUUCGGCAGCUAAUAAUGUAUACCAAUAUGGCCGAGAAUGGAUUACACAUAAGCUCCAUAAGAUUUUGGGAGAAAAAGUGAAUAACACUGCUGUGAUUGAAAAACAAGUGCUAGAGCUCUGGGACAGGCUUUAUCAUUCUUGGUUCGUGAAGAAUGUGACACAUUCUGGAAGAAACAAAGGACACAAAUGGCACAUAAACCGUCAAAACAGCUGGCUGGGUGAUAUUCUGGACUGGCAAGAUGUUGCAUCAUUUGUUCAUGAUAACAUUGAAACGUUUCUUUCGAUCCUGGAGUCUCUGUGGAUAGUGAUGAGUCGCAAUGUGAGCCUCUUGUUUACUACAGUUACAACAUUAGUGACAAUCCUCUUCCAUAGUGGAACAGCUCUUCUCAACUUUGUGCUUUCAGUG